AUGACUACACCCAAAGUGCUAUCUCUUAGGCAAUGUAAUGGCAACAACAAGUUCCACUGGACUAACAAUAAUCACCUUCCGUGCAACGAUAAUAACAGCACGACAAAGAACGACUACUGUGACAAUGGAGCAUGCAAGGGACACCCAUACAACUGCUUGCCGUGCGAAACACAAGACGGCAUAGGAUGCUUCCUGAAGCCCAAGUACUGUGUCAUAGAAUACACUGGAAACCGCACAUGCUUCUCCGAGGGAACCCUCAAUCCAGGAAAUCCUUGUCAGCAAUGUAAUGGCAACAACAAGUUCCACUGGACUAACAAUAAUCACCUUCCGUGCAACGAUAAUAACAGCACGACAAAGAACGACUACUGUGACAAUGGCGUAUGCAAGGGACACCCACACGUCUGCUUGCCGUGCGAGACACAAGACGGCAUAGAAUGCUUUCUGAAGCCCGACUACUGUGUCAUAACGUACAAUGGAAACCGCACGUGCUUUUCCGAGGGAACCCUCAAUCCAGGGAAUCCUUGUCAGGUUUGUAACUCUUUUGCCAGCCCCAGUACCUGGUCAAAUCUGGAAGGUGCCCCGUGUGAUGACCGCGAUAAAUGCACUCGUUCAGAUAGGUGCACUGGUGGGCUCUGUGUUGGAUCGAAGUUCACAUGUUCGCCUGACUGUCAGGUCUGCAAUGGCGACUCCUGCAGUCUGAAACCAGGGUUUGGAUUUGUCAACGGCGCGUGUGUCCCGACGGCGUGA